UAAAACGAAAAGCAUAAUUGUGAUAGGAGGUCAUAUAUUUCUUGCACAACAUGAUCUAUUGUUGGUUUAGCUUAGCUGCUUCCAUAUUGUUUUUGUUCACAGCGAAUGCAUUAUCAGCCAACUCCAGCCUCAGAAUUCCCUUCCCAUUUGACAUAAAAAGAGCAAAAGAAUUUUAUCUAAGCGACGGGGUUGACUUUAGGCAAAGCAAUAACAAUGCUACUAAUAUUAACGUCUGUUUUGAGAAAGCUUUGGGUUUAGCCGGUUUAGGGUAUUGGUGCAGCAUCCAAGGGGAUGCUUAUGGCAAUGAAUAUGGCUAUGGCUCUGGGUUAUAUGCAUAUGCCUAUAACUAUGAAACAAAGACACUUCAUCCCACUGAUGUAUGCCAAGCUAUCGAGGAACAGGAGUGGAAGGAAGUACCCGAGUACUGUUACUAUGGUGUUUGUCCACUUCCUUGGACCUUCGAUGCUUGUUCAUAUCGGUAUGGAAUUAUACGAUCUAUACCGAAAAGAUCAGGAAAUCAUGGUCCGUCGUUUUUUUUGGCUCCCCCUAUGUAUUUGCAAGUCCCUUUCAUUUUAGGUUGUUACUCCUCUCUUUCUCUGCUUUUGUACGUGCUCUUGGGUAUUUAUUCUAGCGUGAAGAAAAACAUCUUCAUUCAUCUUAAAUUCAAGUUGUUCAAAAAAAAUGGAGGGUUAUUGUUAGAGCAGCAUAUUGCUAAUUCUCAUGGACCUGGAGCAGGAUGCACAAAAAUUUUCACAGCCGAGGAGCUUGUGACACUACACCAAUAA